AUGGAUGAGGACAGGGCCCAAGUCGACUUGGGUCUCGCUGCCGACAUCGAGGAGACGCAGCUGGCAACAGCUCAUAGUGAUCCGGAGCCCACACAAACACCAAGCGAAGAAAACACAGCAUGCCGGCAGCCUAAGAAACGUUUCGUAGGACGCAGGGCGGCGGCAGAGGCGGCAGCCAAGAACGCUUCCUCGGGCGAAGCAAACACAGCGAGCGGCGAGAGUGGUGCCGUUCAACCCGCCAAAGCGCGAAGACCGCCGAGGCUUCUCAACCGAGUUCCCAAGGAAAUUCUCGACGACCCAAACCUCAAGGAGGCCAUCGCCCUCCUCCCCGCCAACUACAGCUUCGAGAUCCCCAAGACCAUCCACCGCAUUCGUUCUUCUGCCGCCAAAAAGGUUGCCCUCCAGAUGCCCGAGGGCCUCCUCCUCUUCGCCACCUCCAUCUCCGACAUCCUCACCCAGUUUUGCCCAGGCAUCGAGACGCUCAUCAUGGGCGACGUCACCUACGGCGCCUGCUGCAUCGACGACUACACAGCCCGCGCCAUGGGCUGCGAUCUGCUCGUCCACUACGCCCACAGUUGCCUCAUCCCCGUCGACGUCACCAAGAUCAAGACGCUCUACGUCUUUGUCGACAUCAGCAUCGACACCGCCCACCUGCUCGCCUCUCUGGAACGCAACUUUGCCAGCGGCAAGACCAUCGCCCUCGUCGGCACCAUCCAGUUCAACGCCACCAUCCACGGCGUCCGCGCCGCCCUCGAGGCCGCUGGAUUCCGCAUCCUCGUUCCCCAGAUUGCGCCCCUCAGCAAGGGCGAGAUCCUCGGCUGCACCUCCCCCCGCCUUCGUGACGAAGACGCCGUUGAUCUCAUUCUCUAUCUCGGCGACGGCCGCUUUCACCUCGAGAGCAUUAUGAUCCACAACCCCACCAUCCCAGCCUACCGCUACGACCCUUACUCCCGAAAGCUCACGCGCGAGACGUACGCCCACGACGAGAUGCAGUCCGUCCGCUCUGCUGCCAUUCGCACCGCCCGCACCGCCCGCCGUUGGGGCCUCAUUCUCGGUUCCCUCGGCCGCCAGGGCAACCCGCAUACGAUGGCCCUCAUCGAGCGACGUCUGACCGAACGUGGCAUCCCCUUUGUUAAUCUGCUGCUGAGCGAAAUCUUCCCCGGAAAGCUGGCCAUGAUGAGCGACGUCGAGUGCUGGGUUCAGGUCGCUUGUCCGCGCCUCAGCAUCGACUGGGGUUAUGCCUUCCCCCGCCCGCUGCUGACCCCUUACGAGGCCCUCGUUGCUCUUGGCGUGAAGGAGGCAUGGAAUGAUCAUCCCAAUGGGGAGGGCGUGUAUCCCAUGGACUAUUACGGAAAGGAAGGGCUAGGGAGGACACGACCGCCCGUGGAGGAUACCUCUCCAGUUGCUAUUGUCGGCGCCACGUAG